UUGCCGGCUUCCGAUGUCAAUCGCGGGGUGUGCGUCUUGCUGGGACACAGUGGAGGUCUGCGCUCCGGUCUAAGGGGCGGUCGGGUGUUUCUGCGCUCGCCCCACACCCGCGAGGCCCGCGCCGCCGGACCCAACGGCGGAGCCGCCCAGCGCCUCCCCUGACACCCGUUCGCUCCUCGCUGGGGCGGGACGUGGCCCGACGGCUCCGGUCACUAUGAGCGAAACAUCUUUCAACCUAAUAUCAGAAAAAUGUGACAUUCUAUCCAUUCUCCGGGAUCAUCCUGAGAACAGGAUUUACCAGAGGAAAAUCCAGGAACUCAGCAAAAGAUUCACCUCAAUCCGAAAGACCAAAGGAGACGGGAACUGCUUCUACAGAGCCUUGGGCUAUUCCUACCUGGAGUCUUUGCUGGGCAAGAGCAGAGAGAUCCUCAAGUUCAAAGAGCGUGUGCUACAGACCCCAAACGACCUUCUGGCUGCCGGCUUUGAGGAACACAAGUUCAGAAACUUCUUUAAUGCUUUUUACAGUGUGGUUGAGCUGGUAGAGACAGAUAGCUCAGUGUCCAGCCUGCUGAAGGUGUUCAAUGACCAGAGCUCCUCGGACCGAAUCGUGCAGUUCUUACGCCUCCUCACAUCGGCCUUCAUCAGGAACCGAGCUGACUUCUUCCGACAUUUCAUCGAUGAGGAGAUGGACAUCAAAGACUUCUGCACUCAUGAAGUAGAGCCCAUGGCCAUGGAGUGUGACCACGUACAGAUCACAGCCCUGUCGCAGGCACUCAACAUUGCUCUGCAGGUGGAGUAUGUCGACGAGAUGGACACCGCUCUGAACCACCACGUGUUCCCUGAGGCUGCCAUCCCUUCUGUUUAUCUGCUCUAUAAAACAUCCCACUACAACAUCCUUUACGCAGCUGAAAAACACUGAUUAAUUUUAGGCCAUGCCAGAGCCUGUCAUCUAAUGGACUGCGUUCUGAAUGGAACAUUUUGCCUUGGCAAUUUUUUGAGUGAUUUAGACAACUAGAAAAUGUAUAGCCUCUUGGGUAAAGCCACACUGAACUGAGACCUGUGCCCACUACAGACUGUGAUGACUUAAUAGGAAUUUUAGUAUUUAUUUUGAUAGAUGAUGUAAUGCCUGCUAACUCUGGACCACAAGGCCAGAAACUUUGUCUCUGUACUCAUUUACUUAAAGAACCUCGUUGGACCUAUUUAUCUGGAAGAGGUUCCUGACAGUGUUGAUAUGCUGCUGUGUGAAAAUGGGGACUAUCGGGCUUGUCCCCAGCCAGGGCAGCGGCCUCAGGGGAGAAAAGCUUGGGCCAGCUAUCAUGUUCAGGUGAUUUACCAGACCUAUGCAGCGUCCAGCCUGGUUAUGUUGGGUGGGUCAUGGUAGACUGAAUGUGAAGAUGUGUGUACUUUCAUUCAUGGUGGCUAUACUUUCCCAUCCACUGAAGGAGAAGAGGGAACACAAAGACUUUUACCAAAGUCCAGAAAAGGACUUUAGUCUUCGGCACCAAGCUCAGGUUGUGAGGUCCCUCUAGCUCUCAGGACCAGAACUCCUGACUCUGGAGGACAGGCCCUUCAGAGUCCUGCUGUCAACUGCACCUGGAUAGGCUUGCCAAGGACUAGGGCCUGUAUCCAAGUCAAUGUGCUCAUGUCUGGGACCAAGGGCUACAGCUGCCCAUCCUCCCCAGUGAAUCCUACAAGUAGGAUCUAGGUAGUUGGCUGGGUGUGUGCACCAUGGACCUGGAAGGGCUGAGGAUAAGUUUCAUGAGGCUCUUUGGUUUUCCUCAGCCCAGCUUCAUAGGCAGGAAAGGACUGACAAGCCAUAGGCGCUGGCAGCAGGGACAUUUCCUCCUCUGCACGGGCCCGUGCCCCUUAAGAACCACUUACCUUGCCUUGCUGCCUCAAGACCUUUAGGAGUCCACCCGAGGACAACCCGGCAGCUGCUAGCCACACCCUCCUCUGUAGGACAACCAUGGGACCACCCCCUGGUCCUUCCUUGGUUACAGGGCUCCCUUCAUGCUUCACUCUGCAGGAAUUAGACUAUUGGUGCUACUGUGAGGGUCUGCUGGCAGCCCACACACAGGGCUGGGAGCAGGAUCCUGAUCCUGAGUCUUACACAAUUCAGCUUUGUAUCUGUCCUUUUGUUUGGUGUAAGCAAAAUGCACCAAGAUGUCCGGGCAGUGUGUGUUCCCAAGACCGCCCUCCGCCACAGGAGUGUAAAUCUGUCCUUCAUCUUUUGAUGUGUUCAGUGCCCACAAUGAUCUGGGUAUCUAUGGCAGGUAGCCCACUAAAGUGGGCACCUAUUUCCAUAACUGUCUUCAGCUGUUUUUUCUCCAUUUCCAGAAUUAAUGAGCACAGGAUGCCUGACUGAGGGCCUGAGCUGCUCCACAGUUCAGAUGGGUCUGGGGACGGGGAUGGGCUUGAGAGCAUGCUAAAGCCUGGUCAAGCAUAGCAGUUUCUUGGCUAGGUUAUAUAGCAACAAGUCCUGCAGCUCUUUCUAGAAAAAACAGUGGAGCGCAGCUGCUGAGAGCUCGUCUUCCAGUCCUCACUCUCCCAGAACAGCCAGUGGGAACAGUAACAGAGCGGUGCAUCUGCUAUCUGUCUUCCGAGAACAGAUGCAAGUGCUGGGGCCAGCUGCCCAAGUUCAACUGUGUGACCUUGGUCAAACCCCUUCACCUCUGAAGCAAAGAAGCAUGCCACCUUGGAAGUGAACCAGGUCUAAGAGCCAAGUAAACAGCCAGCCUGGGGAAGUGGGGCCUGGUGUUCAGUGAGUACUUAAGGCCAAACCCUACACUUCCCUCAAGUGAAAACAUCUUCCUACCAUUAAAAGUUUCUAAAAAC